CGUGGAGGUGCGCAAGCUCGCCCUUAACGCCGCAGCGGACGGCCGCCUGAGGAGGCCCGUCUCGGCCCGUCCGAGGCGCCGAAAGGCGCAAGGGGAUGCGCCUAUAUAGGGCACGGUGCGCAGCGCUGCCUCUCGCCUCCCACCACGACCUGCCGCCAUCCACCAUGACGCCCGCCCCGACGACGCCCUCGGGCAAGACCGCGUCCACCUCCGCCAUCCGUGCCGCAGCGCAGACGGCCACGAUCGAGAACCCUGCGAGCACCUCGACCGCUCCCGCCUCAACCGCUCUCGCCUCAACCGCUGCCGCUUCGCCGUCGGCCGCCUCGCCUUCGAGCUCGCGUGCCGUGCCGCCCUCGCCCAGCGCCCAGCUGCUCAUCACUGCGCCAGUGACGCCGCAGGCCAAGCACCCCCAGGCCGGCAACUUGCCCGAGCAGCACCGCCCCGAGCAGCGCCUCAUUGUCCUCUGCGACGGCACGUGGCAGUCGCGCCGCAAGGUCUCGACGGUGCUGCGCGACGGCAGCCUCACUGUCGAGGACGACGACGCCGACUACUUUACCAACGUCGCGAUCCUGGCGCAGGCCAUCAAGCCCGCGGCCAGCGUGCCGAACAAGCACGGCCUCUACCCGCGCCAGAUCGUCUUCUACCAGUCCGGCCUCGGCACGGUCCGCAGCCUGGCCUCGUACCUCUUCGAAGGCGCAACGGGCGCCGGCAUCGAGGACAAGAUCGCCGAUGCGUACCGCUUCCUCGUGGACAACUACCAGCCGGGCGACUCGAUCAACGCAUUCGGCUUCUCUCGCGGCGCAUACACGGCGCGCAACCUCGUCGGCUACAUCAACUACGCCGGGCUCAUGAAGAAGAGCGACGCAGCGCUGGCGAUGAUGCCCUGCUGGAAGGCGUACCAGCUGCGCGACCCGAGCAAGCCCGAGACCAUCAUCCACAGCGCCGAGAUGAUGCACCGCGCCACGGGCCUCUGGCCCGGCCUGAACGCCGAAGAGACGGAGGUGACGUGCAUGCGCGCCGUCGCAGACAUCAACAAGACGCCGCUGCCCGCCAACAUCGAAGCCUGGAUCCGCCGCAAGGACGCCCGCACGAAGGAGGGCCGCAUCCAGCUACCCAACGUCAAGGUGUGCGGCGUGUGGGACACCGUCGGAGCCAAGGGCAUCCCCGGCCACUUCAUGAGCCCCGAGCUCACGCGCUACUACGGCGACUUCGACCCGAUGCUCGCGCCCAGCGUCAAGUUCGCCUUCAACGCCAUGGCGCUCUUCGAGGACCGCAAGGACUUCAUCGUGACGCGCUGGUACACGCCUGACCCGAACAAGGAGAGCGAGGCAGACCGCAUCCUGCGUCAGGAUCAGGUGCUGCGCCAGUGCUGGUUCCAGGGCUCGCACUCGGACUGCGGCGGCAGCAAGAGCUUCCACGGCCUGUCCGACGUUACGCUCGCCUGGAUGGUUGCGAACCUCACCGACCGCGAGAUCCCGCUGAUCGACGUCGACCUCAAGAUCAUCCGCGAGAUGCAGGACCGUCGCCACCGGUGGGGCAAGCAGCCGCAGCACCCCAGCCGCAUCGCACUCGAGCUUCAGGAGACGCGUCAGGUGAUGAAGGUGCCCAAGAUCCGCAGCCUCGAGUCUGGCUCGACGGCCUGGUCGAGCAUGGUCAACGACCGCCGCAACAACCACGAGACGCUUCACCACUCAGUCAUUGUCGGCGGCCAGUACAACAGCACCUCGCGCCAGUUCGCCGAACUGCGUGCGCACGACCCCGACGCGCUGGAGCAGCUGUUCCGCAACGCCACGGAGGCGAGCCUGCUGCCGACAGAGCGCCAGCUGCGCUGGUACAAGACGCAGAUGUCCUCGCCGAUCACGCCCAAGCAGAUCUGGGACGUGGCCGCCGAUGCGGUACCCGGUGGCGCCCCGGCGGACGAGGUCGACGACGACAUCGACACGGGCCUCGCGCCGCAGCGCCCGCGUUACGUGCCCGAGGCCGUGUGGGCGGCACUGAGCUUCUCGGCCAAGGCGCCCGUCUAUGCGACGUCUUUCCUCAUCAACCGCGGACUCGUGCCGCAGGACAACCUGAAGCCUGGCGUGCUGGUCUCUGCGCUCGAGAAGGCCGGCAAGCUCGUCACUGGCGGAUACGCUGCAGUGCCGGGAAGUCGUGCUCUGACGCAGCGUGCCUGAGCACCGCCUGCGGGCCAUCGCCGCCACCACACUCAUUCACGUUCCGAGCCAUCAUACCUCCUGCAUGUAGCCUGCCUCGUCCCGCUGCGCAGCAGCCGUCACGUCACUCUCAUCGUUCCCGCAAUGUUACGCCGUUUCACC